GCGGAAGUUAGCUAAUGUGGUGGAGCGAAAACGGUGGAUGAGGAAGUGGAGUGUCAUGUCAUAUUAAUCUCACGCAAGCAGAGCUGCCGGGAAGGAGAGAAAUUAAUAAAUCGGAUUCUGGUUGUACUUCAGGAAUGAGGUCUGCUUCCGAAGAAAAUGGAAUUCCAGUUCAACUUCUCCAUAAGUAAAGAGGUUUCUUCAGAGGAAAACCUAAUAUCUGAAAACACUGCAAACCCAACAGACUGUCCUGCUCUGAGUGAAAGGAAGGAGGAAGCUUUGCCGAAGACGCCUGCCAACCCUGCUUCUGCCAAGGAGCACACUAUUCCUUCAGAUGUCAGCCAAGUGUUAGAAAAUAAAAUUGUGGAAACCCUGCCAGCAGUGCAGAUUUCAGUGGUGGAAACAGCAGUCCCAGAUCCCAUUUCUUCCCAUUCUGACCUGAUCCCUGGUGUCUACGAGGGAGGCCUGAAGAUUUGGGAAUGCACCUUUGAUCUCCUGAAUUAUUUGUCUGAAGCUGAAAUUCAGUUUGGAAACAAAUCUGUUCUGGAUCUUGGCUGUGGGGCUGGUCUUUUGGGAAUCACUGCAUUAAAAAGAAAUGCUGGAGAAGUCCACUUUCAGGACUAUAACAGCUCAGUGAUUGAAGAAAUAACCUUGCCUAAUAUUUUGGUUAACUGUGCUCAUGAGAAUGAUGAUGUUGAAGGAAAUGGUGAACUUCCUGUAAAACACUCUGGGGGGAAAGAUUUUGACCUAGACUUACUCUCUAAGUGCAAAUUGUUUUCUGGGGAAUGGUCAGCAUUCCGCAAGCUUCUUUUAAAUAGCAAGAAGCCUUUCUCAAAAUAUGAUGUGAUUCUGACUUCAGAAACUGUUUACAACCCCGAUUACUACGAGGCUUUGCACGACACACUUGCAGAUUUAUUGGGCAUCAACGGCUGUGUUUAUUUGGCCAGUAAAGCACACUACUUUGGGUGCGGAGGUGGCAUUCUCCUUUUUACAAAAUUCAUUGAAGAGAAAAAUGUUUUCAAAUCCCGAGUUCUUAAAGUUUUUGACAAAGGGUUAAAGCGUUUCAUUAUUGAAAUGGUCUUUAAGAAUUCCCUGUGACAUGCUUUUUGACUUUGUACAUUAAUAAAGACACUUUCCUGUUUAAAUUUGGAAA